CCAGGCAGGCAGGAGAUGAGAGGUGAGUCAAAGCACCCGUCAAAGUUGACGUGUUCGCGAGGAUUAGCAUCGCUAAUUAAUCUCGCCUGUGCUUUUGGCUUUUGGAAUCAGUUCAAUGAUCAACAGCGAUAUGAUGGCAUAAACAAUUUCUCCACAGUUGCGGCGUGCUCCCUCACAUGCUGCUGCUUCUUCAGUUCUUCCUCUCUCCAAGUCCACGGCACAAGCCAACCCAACCAAACCCAUCACCUCUCUCUAUAAAAGCCUCUCCCGCCCUUUUCACCACAAUCCUCCAAACUCCUCCUCUUCCAUACUCGAUUCUCGGCUACCUAGUCGCUUACCCAGGAGCUCAUAGCUACUAGCUCGCAGGAAGCUUGAAGCUGCCACUUCGCCGUCCUGCUUGCUGCCAGAUUAUUGGCGAGCUAGUCGAUUGGUGAAGAUGGCGGCGCGUGAUCAGCGAGAGAUGAGCAGCGACGAGGAGUCGUCGGUGGCGCCGGGGGACCUCCGCCGCGGGCCGUGGACGGUGGAGGAGGACCUGCUGCUCGUCAACUACAUCGCCGCGCACGGCGAGGGACGCUGGAACGCGCUGGCACGAUGCGCAGGGCUUCGUCGGACGGGCAAGAGCUGCCGCCUGCGGUGGCUCAACUACCUCCGGCCGGACCUCCGGCGCGGCAACAUCACGGCGCAGGAGCAGCUGCUCAUCCUGGAUCUGCACUCGCGCUGGGGCAACCGCUGGUCUAAGAUCGCGCAGCACCUGCCCGGCCGCACCGACAACGAGAUCAAGAACUACUGGCGCACGCGGGUGCAGAAGCACGCCAGGCAGCUCAACUGCGACGUCAACAGCCAGCAGUUCAAGGAUCUCAUGAGAUACCUCUGGAUGCCGCGCCUCCUCGAGCGCAUCAGCUCCGGGGACGACGGCCGCGGCGUCGCCACGCCGCAGCUCCCGGCGUGGCCCGUCGACGACGUGGAGCUGUCCUGCACCACCGCCGCGUCGUCGUCCUCCGUGUCGACGGACGGCACGCAGCAGCAGCUCGUGUCGCCGCCGGCGCCACCGGCGACCUCCGCCUUUGGCGAGAGCGCGCCCAGCGGCAACGACGGAUCCUAUUCCUACAGCAACAACAGCAACACUGCUGCCAUGUGGGGCACGUUGUGCCAGCCACCACAAACAGACUACCACUUAUUAGUGGCGGGCGCCGAGGCUGCUUGCAGCUGGUCCGACGAGUCGCUGCUGGCCCCGGGUCUCUCCGGCGUCUACGGCGACAUGGGGAUGGGGUUGCCGGAGCUGGGCGACACCAUGUGGGGCGCCGGUGCCGACGACCUGUGGUACACGCAGAUAAUGGGGUUGUGAAAUAUAAAGCAAGUCCGCCGCUUGGAUCGGAUUUGAUUUGACCCCUGCUAUCUAGUAGGCCGGCCGGUGCAGACGAUGGCGAACGUCCACCGUGCGGGACGGGCACCGAGACCUUGAAAUUAGUUAAGAUCACAGGCAGGGAACGUACUCAGGACGGGCUAGAGGAAGGAGAAGGUUAUUAUUGGGGGGCUUGGGUUUGAAGAUUAAAAAAAUCAUCUUCAUAUUCCACUUUGCCCGCCAAUAAUUUGUUCCCCAGUUCUUGCCCAUCAUCGCAUCUCUGUGUCUCUUAUACUACUCCACACCUGUGCUUUCUACUCUUAGUAUGUAUGUAUAUGUAUAUGUAUGUAUGUAUGUAUGUAUGUAUGUAUAUAUAUAUAUAUGGAGUAGCAGUAGCGCACUAGCUAGCUAGCUUACCAAUUACCAUGAGGUUAACUAUCUACACUACUAGUAGCUUGGUUGUUGUUUUCUACUUUUUAUUAGUUACUACUGUACUGCUUUCCUCCAUUAAUUCUUUGUGGGUAAAUACGGAGUGGUUGGUUAUUGGUUUGUAACUUGGCGUCGUGCCUGGUGAUCCUGGAAGACGAUGGAAAUAAAAAAGUUGAAGUGCCCCGGCCCCGCACUGCAUGGGGCGUUGCUGGUUAGCACUAGCAA